AUUAAGAGAUUUGUUUGUAUUUUAUUAUAUGUAUUUAUUAUACAGUUUUAAUUAAAGUAUUUUAUAUAUUUUUUGUUAUUUAUUUAUUUAUUUACUUGUUUAUUUAAUUUUGUUAAUAUGAAAAUUUUUCACCAUUUGCUUUGGCUUAGCUUAGCCUAUAUGGCUUUUGUGCCAAAAAACCAAUACAAAACAAACAAACAUAUUUGCAGUUUGGAUAAGUAGUGUCUUCACAUAUGACAUAUGAAUGGAGAAUGUAAACAGUAUGAUUGACCUGGACACAAGCAACAUCUCACAUGUUGGGGUUAAUUGUAUUUCACUUUGGUCAACCUCAAAUAAAUGUUGACUAAUGAAUUUUCACUCUUUCACUUGUUAUUAAAACGUGUAAAACUUAAUAGUAUACAUGAUCAAUAUGAAAUUGUUCAUAUAUGCAAUAGCAACUCGCAACUUGAUCUUUCAACAAAUUUAAACAAUAUUAAGAAAAAGGAUGUAUAUAAGUUUAUAAUUAUUUUGUUAACCUUCUAUAACUCAAAAACAUAUAUAUUAAUUAUUGUUACAGAUUUAGGCAGGGUUUAAGAAAAUAGUAAACACGUAUUAAAAAAUUUUUUUGUUUUUAUUUCAAAGCAAAAAAUACAAAAUUGGGAGUGAAGCUUACAGGCAACACUAAGCAAUAAUUUUAAAGAAAUUCUAAUUAUGCAUGAUGGUUUAUGAAAGGUGGAAAUUCCUGAAGCAGUUUUUAUUUUCUGUGUAGCAUAGAGCCACGCCACACUUCUCACAUACAGUGUGAGUAAAUCUCAAGCAUUUUGGAAAUUUGCAAUGGAUUUUUUAUCAGUACAUUGAGGCCAGUGUCCAAUCUGGUCUUGAUGAACAGCCUGUGGAGUAACAUGCUGAGCAUGUUUUCUGUUUCUUUGCUAAGAUCUCACAUUGUAGAGAUUGCAGUGUCGAAAAACUAGAUUCAUUCCACAUUUUGCAUAGUGUCUCUGCAGCUUGCAGACGGAAAUUUGCUGAAGCCAUGAUGGUCUUUUGAGAAAUAUUUUUGUAUUUGUACACUUUUUUAUAAAGCAGCCAUGUGUUGGCCAUUGUGAGGUCCAAGUAAUGAUAGAACAUGUGCAUGUGCCAAUAUUUGCUUUGUAUUGGAAUCUGAUAUAUGCCCAUAAUGCUGUCGAUAAGGUCUACGCCUUCCAUAAAACGAUUAUACUUGCCAACUACAUUAGGCUGUUUGAUGUUUACAUAUCUUGAGAUUUUUUUGUCGUAUCUGGAGUUCAGUUUCAGGUUUUUGGCCAGCAAAUGUGAAAGCCAAGGUGACAAUUUUAUUGUCCUUUCAUGUGAGUGUUGACACAUCGAUGCCAUUGACACUGGCUACGUAUUCUUCUGAAUAUCCUCAUUCUUUCUUCAUGAUCAACUUCUCCGAUGACAGUUUCCAAUUGGGAAUCUUAUUCCUUUUAAUAGUACCAAGACUGAGGAUUUCUUCUUUGGCUAAAUAUUCUAGAAGACAGAGAAGUAAAAAAGUUGUCAAAGUACAGCCUAAAAUUUUAGUGCCUAGGGAUCAUGUGUGACAAUCUCAUUACAACAUUGGAUGAGGCUCCCAAAUCUGGUUCUCCUUGAAUAACAAUAUUCUCUUUGCCUGUUUCAACCUCUGUCUUAUAGGCGAACCCAGAAAUGCCACUCAAGACAUAGAUUUUGUACCCCCAUUUGUGCAGUUUCAUGGAGUUGUAUUUUUUCAGCAAAUUUCGGGCUUUGGUGGAGCACAUUGCUCAUCCACAGAAAGGUUCUUUCUUAGUGAAACUUUGCUGAAUGUUGCGUUCAAGGCAUCAAUAACUGGUUGACAGCAACUUUCCUACAUCAUAAGACAAAGAUGGCGGCGAAGAAACAGUAUGGUUUAAUAAUACCAAACAAAGUAAAGAAAACUAUAGAGAAAUCAUCAGUAUUUGAUAAUAGUGAUGAAGAGUCUUUAGAUCCUGAACAAAAAGUAGACAGUUGGAAAAGUAAAGUAAAAAAGAAGACACGUAUGGAGAUACAGAAAGUAUUAAAAGAAGAUCCUACUGUUUAUGAAUAUGAUAGUAUUUAUGAUGAUAUGAAAAGGCAAGAAGCAGAAAAAAAAGAAAUCAUCAUUAAGGAUAGAAAACCUAAAUAUAUAGAAGGUUUAAAGAAAGCAGCUCAAUUAAGAAGAAAAGAAUAUAAUAAAAGAAUACAAAAAAAAAUUCAAAAAGAAAGACAAAAAGAAGGAAAUCAAUUUGAGGAUAAAGAGGAAUUUGUCACAAAUUCCUAUAAGAAAUUUUUAAAAAUGCAAGAAGAAGAAGAAGAAUUAGAAGGUAUAGUAUUUAUUUUAAAACCAUUUAAAAUUCAUUUUAUUUAUAUUUAUUCAUCUCGAACAUAACUUGAAAUGCUAUCUUACAUGUACAGUAGACCCCCCAUAACACAGUAGAUACGUUCCGUGUUAUGUAAAUUCCAUGUCUUACAAGUCACUUAAAUACAUGAGCCAAUCACAGCCUGGCACGUAUGCAGUUUAGGGAGUACGGCUGUUUGAAAGGUUUUCUUCCAUAAAAUUAAUCAAUUCUAGACUAA